CACAUGGGACAGAAAUCAACUCACGGGGUGUAGGGAAAUACCGACGGAAAAGCAAGCAAAGAGAAACUUCUUCAGAUAUGAGCUGUACUGUCCAAACUGCUUUUUAGUCACUUGCCCAAGAAUUUUAUUUCUUUUUUUUUUUUUUUUCUUAAGACAUUAAGAAAAGUGCUUAUAUUUGUUUGAAGAUAAAUUUGAUAAUGAAAUUGAGUGUGGGGAUAUUUUUUGGAGGCUUCUUUGCAGCUUUGGGGGUUUUGCUUUUCUUGGUGGCAUUUGGAACUGACUAUUGGCUUCUUGCUACGGAAAUAGGAAGAUGUUCAAAAGGACCUGAGGAUGCUGGGGAAGAGAAGGCCACUUUCCAUCAUGAAGGUUUCUUCUGGAGAUGUUGGUUUAGUGGAGAUGCAGAAGAGAAUAAUGCUAGCAUGUGGAAGUUCUGGUACACCAACCAGUCACCUUCUAAGAAUUGCACACAUGCUUACCUCUCACCAUUUCCUCUUAUCCGAGAUGAACACAACUCAACCUCCUAUGACUCUGCAAUCAUUUAUCGAGGUUUCUGGACAGUUCUUAUGCUCCUGGGAGUGGUCACUAUUGUGAUGGCUAGUUUCUUCAUCAUCUGUGCAGCUCCUUUUGCCAGCCAUGUCCUGUACAAAGCAGGAGGAGGCCUUUUCAUCAUUGCUGGUACCUUGUUUUCACUCGUAGUUGUGAUGUAUGUCAUCUGGGUCCAGGCGAUGGCUGAUUUGGAAAACUACAUAAAUAUGAAAAAAAUGGAGUGCCCAGACUUUGCAGUUUAUGUACGCUAUGGCUGGUCUUUCAUGCUGGCUCCUAUAGGAGUAUUUUUUGCUUUAUUAGCAGGAAUGCUUUUCUUGUUAAUAGGACGUACCAUUUAUUUGCACUCAGACUAGUCAUACCUAGCUAAAGGGAAUACUGGAAUCGUAGUGAGACGUCAUGACAAUUUAAAACUGGAAUUUUAUACAUUAUUACCGUUACAGCAAUCCUAAGUAUGCAGGCACACUUCUGGAAUUUUUUCUGUUACUUGUUUAAGGGUAAAGGACACAAAAGCUCAAUACAGGGAGAAACAACCUUCAGCCCUAGCUAGCUUCUUUUAAUUCUUUAGAAAAUGCACACAUAGUUUUCCAUGCAGUACUAUUAGUAGCAUUAGAUAAUUUUGCAAACAGAAGAAGGCAAAAAUAUUCUGCAACCAAAAGCCCAACAUAAAACAGGCCAAAUAAAGAUUUUAUACAUUUGUUUUUUAGUAUUUGUCUUGUACUUCUGCUUGUGGAGACUGGUGCAAGAUGGAGAGAAAAAAAAUAUUCACACACAGUAAUUCAAUCCAUCUCCUCUCCUGUUUUCCACUACUUGCCUUAGCUUUAAUACAAGCAAACAUGUCUGCACUUAAAAAUAGAGUGCAGUUGUUCAUGUGGCAUCCAUGUGAAGAAGGCAAGAAGGAAGACAGUUUCAGUGAACAGCAAUUUGGUGUUAGUCUGUACAUGUAAAAGCAUAACUGCUUCUAUUACAUGCUUUUCUGUAUGCAUAUGAAAGAUGUAUACUUUUAUAACCUGAAAUCCGUGUUUGUUUGUUGCAUGAUUCUGUAAGCCAAAAUGCCAUAGUUAAAGCACUAGCUAAAGUUAUGCCAAAAUUGUUCUUUGAAUUAUAGUGUUCAUAUUUUAAUCAAGUUUUAACACUUCUAUUUUUGGAUGGAAUAAUUGACUUCUCUGAUACAUAUUUUCUUGGUUGUGUAGAUUUAAGUAGAAGGGGAGAAAAUGCAAAAUGAUGUUUUUAUUAAAAAGGAUUUAUUGUGAAAACAAUAUCCAGACCAUGAAAAUAUAUAUGUUUUAUGUAGCUUUCAUUUUCUUAAAUAUUAAAAAUCUGCAUUAUAGACCAAAUCUUGCUUGCCUACUGGUCAUCCCAAUGAAACUAAUUAAAACAGCUAAGACAGCAGAAGGAGAAAGAUUGGAUUCUGUAUUGUAGUAGUGGCUGGUGUAUGUACAUGCAUAUGUAUGGAAGAUGGGGUGAAGAUGCGACUAUAUGCAUGGUAUGGAAAAGUAGGGGUGAUGUAUUAACAAUUUGGUUAUUUGGCAUUGUGCCCAAGUUGAAAUAAAAUCCAUCUGAGAGUGUA